AUGGUUUUAGUUGAGCGUGCGUCGCCCAGAGAGGUGCAUGCUUCGUAUUAUCGUUACAACCCGUCCCUAGCACCAGCUAUUGUUGCAGCGGUGCUGUACACUCUUGCCUUUAUCGGGACUUUGGUGCAAUGGGUUCGAUACAGGGCAUGGAUUUGGGCUAUCAUGGUAAUAGCUGCAGCCAUGGAGGCAGCUGGCUGGAUUAGUCGAUGCAUCUCAGUCGAGAAUGUCACCGACAAACCAUCUUAUUCCGUACAAUUCGGUCUGGUCAUCCUUGCGCCUGUGCUGAUGGCCGCCUGCUGCUACAUCAUCUUCAGUCGCAUCUUGUUUCUGAUUGUUCCCCGAGAGAAGAGAACCUUCAAGCUAUGCUGGGUGCCACCUCGAUUCAUCACGCCGCUCUUCGUCGGAUUUGACAUCGUCGCUCUAUUGCUCCAGAUGGGCGGCGCAAUCAUGAUCACUUCAGUCAGCGAUAGUGACAGAAAUGCAGCAGACAAGCUCAACACUGGAAAACAUGUCGCUCAAAUUGGCGUGAUUGUCCAGCUGGCGGCUUUUGGUCUGUUCGCUGUGGCUGCAGUUCGCUUCAAUUUUACCUCCAAGCGCUUCACCGAUGUUGUCCGUGAACGGUAUGAGAGCUUCGGCGAGAAAGAGCACAUCAUUGGCGGCGUUGCCAAGAACAAGCAUUGGCCAGUUUUGUUGCGAGUCGUCAACUUCACCACGAUCUUGAUUCUGGUUCGGUCUAUUUAUCGACUGGUUGAAUUCACGCAGGGCACCACGGGGUACUUGAACACCCACGAAUGGCCUUUGUACAUUUUCGAUGCGCUUUGUAUCUACCCUUGUGUGGCGCUUUUCGUCUGGUGGCAUCCAUCAAGGUACUUGCCUUGGAUGGGACUUCGGCUACCCAAAGAGGCACGGUAG